AUGGGGUCUUGUUGUGGAAAGAGUAAAGCGGUAGCUCCUCAAACAAAAUCAAAUCCUUAUGCAAAUAUAACCCCACCAACGGCAAGACCUGAAUCACCAAAAGUCACAGCAGCAGCAGCACCACCACCCGACUAUUCGGCCGUGCAACGAUCUACGAAAGUUAGUCUUAGUCCGUCGAACCCAUUACAAGCGAUUCAUGGUUAUCAAGACGAACCACUUGGCACAUUGGAAGAAGCUAUACAGCCUGUGGAUGGUCAACUCGAUUAUGCAUCGCAUUAUGUACAAGAAGCAAAGACUAAAUGUCGUUUCCCAUCAGAACACGGUCUUACUCGCGAUGAAUCCGCUGCUAUUUAUAUCUACACUAUGAGAUGGGAUAAACGAUAUGUUAGCGAUCAAUUACAUAAAGCGUGGGUUUCCGGAGAUCGUAAUCAAAUACGACCAUGGUUCAGAUAUUUGAGAUUACUUAAAAGUGCGCUCGAUAAAUUACCGACUACCACAACUGGUAUUUGGCAAGGAACAAAUUAUGAUGAAAGAUUAAAUGAAAAGCUCAGUUCCAAUUCAACACCAUUGUUUACUUGCUUGGGUUCUUGUGCACCAACUGAUGAUGGUCUUCGAGAUUAUCUGAAGAAAUAUGGUGGACAAAAAACGAUGCUUCUCAGUUAUGAGUCAGUUGGUGGCAAAGCUGUUACCGGUUAUACAACAAGUAAAACGCCCGAGAUCAUUAUGUGGCCAGGAGCGAAAGUCGGUGUAUCGAAAUAUGCGGUAGUUGAUGGAAAUGGUUCAAUAAUUGCUCAUCUCUCGAAAAAGAUUGAACCACCAAAACAAAUCAAAAUUAAAAGACCACCAGCUGAAAAACAUUUCGACUGCCCAAAUCCUAAUUGCGGAAAUCAUUGCCGUGGUAAUCAUAAACCUCAACAUUGUUAUGGUUUUUCAUAUAUUGUUCAUAAAUGUCACCAUCAUUGCGGACCUGUGAACGCAUGUGCCCGUUGUUCCAACGAUUGUUGUGACCUACGGCAAUGUCAUAAAUGUGAAAACCGUUUUUGCGAUAAAUGUUGCCUUAAAUAA